UUUUUUUUUUCAUUAUUAUUAGUCAUCGAGGUCGGAGAGCUUGCGAAGAAGUGGUAACGCGUCAUGACUCGACGCUUUCGACAUUCUCCGUAGCCUCCGAGCAUCUCUCUCUCUCUAAUGAGAUGCCAAAAUUGGAAUUUGGUUGUUCUGUUUCUGUGUGAGGGGUCGAAGACGAACUUUUGCUUGGUGACAGAAAGUAAAAAAAAGAACCAAGAAGACUGAAAAUAUGUGAGUUUUGCUAAAAAAAAAGAAAGUUUCAGGUCGGUGCGAACGCGUAAACCAAAAAAAAAAGAAGCCAACAACGGCAGACUGGAAGUACUUUCGUCGUCGUAGUGCGGAGCUUUUGCCGAGAGUGAUUCAGUGCGUGCUAAUUGCACUCUUGCGAAAAAUAAAAAUAAGUUUUGAAGCUUAUUUACAUCGGUGCGCGCGCGCGACGACAGCUGCUACAGUUGCUGUUGCCGCUGCUGCUGCUACGAGGGAUAAAACAGAAAUAACGACUCGCACAAUAUAACGAAGUUUUUCAUUUAAUUUUAAAACGGCAACAACUAGUGCAAUAAUAACGCGCCGGUGACUCGCGCGAAAUAAGAGAAACAAAGAAGUGUCACAAUAAGGAAUUCCAGGCAGUUGUGUAAAAAAAAAGAAAGAAAGAGAGAGAGUAAGAAAAGAAAAAGGAACGAUAACUUUCGAAAAAGGGAGUUGGGUGUCACGUUGUCCUCAUUAUUCUCUCUUUAUAUAGCCGCACACAGUUACAUAGCGGGGGUGUAGGUAGGUAGGUAUAGUAGGCGGUUAUAUACAAACAUAACUCUUGGCGCGGGCUUACUCCUGUUUCCUCGAAUUUUCCUUCGCCGCGCGAGCGUGUGUAUACCAUCGAUACGAUGCACAUAAAGUGAACACGAGAAAGUAGCAGACGACGCAGCGAACGACGACUACGACGAGGGUCAGGAGAGAGUACUAUAAUACGAAGGCAGCCGAGAGGCAGUUUCGUGCGCUUAAAUACAGAGUAUCGUGCACACAACGGGCGCGAGUAUAUAGGUAGUAAGUAGUAGUAGUAUCGAACCCCCGGCCUGUUGUGAGUUUGUGUGUGAGUUUCGGCCUCCUCGCGCUCAGUUUGUGUAUAGUAUAUAUGUAAUAACGUGAAUGUAUAUACAUAGAGGUGCGCGUGAACUGUUUAUACUCGGACGUACACACGCAUACGGAUACAACGGUGCAGCUGUAUGCACGGCCGCACGUCGACGUAAGAAAGUGAUGUGUUACUUCUCUCUCUGCUUGGCUAGGCUCUAACUGCAGCACUGCGCUCGGGCUCACGGAUGUUUCCACGUACAUAUCGAUAAUAUACCAGGACUACGUCGUAUGAUACGUUAAACUGCUGAUAAAACAUUUUCAGAUGCGGACACGAGUGGCGAUGAUCACCUUAAUGCACGAUAGAUAAGAGGACUGUGCAGAGGAGAAAAAACAGGGAAGAAGAAGAAGAAAUAAAAAUGAGACGCGACAACGAUGACGAUCGAUCCCGAGGCGCUUUGUGCAGCAGCAGCAGCGGUAGUUGGUGUCGACGAUCGGCGAGGCUGGCCAAGUGCUACAACAACGACAUCGCUGAGGCCGUCGUCGUCGCCUAAUGGCCGUCAACAUGCCCGGCCUCGGCGCUUAUCAGCGCCGCCGACUUCGAGAGAUCCUACUCGUGCUGCUAUUGUCCGUGCCGACCGGUCUCCAUGGCAUCAAUCUGGGACAAUGCACACGAGCUCUGGGCAUGGAGAGCGGCGAGAUUCUCGACGAGGACAUCACGGCUAGCUCGUUCUACGAUCCGAGUCUGGGCCCGAAGCACGCCAGAUUACGAAAGGAGAAAGGCGGCGGCGCCUGGUGUCCCAAGAACAUGAUCACCAACGAGCCCAAGGAGUAUCUCGAGGUGAAUCUGCGCGAGCCGCGAGCGCUGACGGCGACCCGCACGCAGGGCCGCUACGGCGGCGGCCACGGGGUUGAGUACACCGAGGAGUACUUCAUCGAGUACUGGCGCCAGGGCUUCGACGAGUGGCGACGUUGGAAGAAUCGCCUCGGCGUCGACUUGCUGGUGGGCAACGACAAUCCCCAAACGGAGAAGGAGCAGAUCUUCGAUCCGCCAUUGGUAGCCAGCAAAGUCCGCUUCAUACCCUACACGUCGCACAUACGCAUAGUCUGCAUGAGGGUCGAACUUUACGGCUGUCCUUGGAGCGAUGGCCUCGUGGCGUACUCGAUGCCGCAAGGUGUGCGCAGAGGCUACGAGCUGGACCUAACGGAUCGAACCUACGACGGCACGGAGGAAGCCGAGUACCUCACCGGCGGAUUGGGACAAUUGGUGGACGGACAAAAAGGCCCGGACAAUUUCAGGCUCGAUAUGUACGGAAACGGCAAAGGCUACGAGUGGGUCGGCUGGAGGAACGACACUCCGAACACCCUGGGACGACCCGUGGAAAUAAUUUUCGAGUUCGAUUACGUGAGAAACUUCACCGCCAUGCAUCUUCAUACGAACAACUUUUUUACCAAGGACGUUCAGGUAUUCAGCCACGCCAAGGUGUACUUCGGCAGCGGCGCCGGCCAAUUCGAGAGCGAGCCCGUGCACUUCUCGUACAUGCCGGACGUGGUGCUGGAGCAGGCCCGCGACGUCACCGUCAAGCUGCACUCGCGCGCCGGACGCUUCGUCAAGCUGCAGCUGUACUUCGCCGCCAGGUGGAUACUGCUCAGCGAAAUUGUUUUCGAAUCCGUAAUUUCGGAAUGGAACAAUAACACGAUAACGGAGGAGAUGAAGGCUAAAAACGCGACCAAGUCCACGACGGCGACGACGACGUCGACGAUGACGUCGCCCGCGUCGGCCUCGACAACGGCAGUUCCAUUUCAGCAUAAUGAGGGUCCACUUCAAAGAGACGAAGUAAAGGCUACUUUGAAUAAGGAUGAAACCGGCGACACUGCUUUUCCAGACAAGAGCAAAGAGCCGGAAUCAAAGCAGUUAAUCGGCUUAGUGAUUGGAAUAUUAACGACCGUCAUUGUGAUGCUUUUAGCCGCCAUCACUUUUAUCUUUUACCGAAAUCGCAGACUGAAAGCCGCCCUCUCGCCGCAGACCUUUUACGAUCAUCAGGGCGAUCUGAAGGUUUCGGUGGACGGGCGCCUGGACAAGGGACCAAUUUGUCCGCCGCUUCCGAUGCAGUAUCAGCCGGGCACUUAUUCGACGUCGACGAUGACCCAGCCGCAGCUUCACAAAACUGCUGCUUCGGACUACGUUGCCGUCAACGCUACCGGUGUUCCGGAGGAGCAUCCAACUAUGCCACUUCUGCUUAAUACGACGAUCAAUCUCGGCCGGCCGAUUCCGCCGGUACAGGACUACCCGUCUAAUGCGCCGCCCAUACCACCGCCGCCUGAAAAGUAUUACGCCAGCUCGGAUAUCUGCAAGAGCCCAGCGCUGCCACCUCUGCCGAGCUCGCCCAACCCGCCGAGCUAUACGCCGCCACCGCCGCACAGCAGAAAAGCCUCGAGCAGCUUGAACAGCUACAGCCCCGAGGACAUGCUAACCGAGGACGAGGACGAGAACGAGCAGCAGCAGCAGCAUCUCGUCGUAGCGGCAGCCACUGCGAGCAGCAAGCAGGCCACCGCCGCCGCUGCCGCCGCCGCUGUAGCGAGCGACUGUAUCGUUUUCGAUUUUCCCCGUGAAAAGCUGAAUAUCGUCGAGAGCUUGGGCGCGGGAUUCUUCGGCGACGUGCACGUCUGCAGCGCAGAUAAGUUCCCGGGCUACGACCAAGUUUUUCACAAUACCUGCAGCGAUCUCGUUGUCGUUAAGUCGCUCAAGCCCGGAUCCGCCGAGGCCCUGAGGCUGGAGUUCAGGCACGAAGCCAAGAGGCUCGCCCGGCUGAACGACCGGAACGUGGCGCGCUUGCUCGGUGCCAGCCUCGACGACGACCCCAUGUGCAUCGUGCUGGAAAACACCGAGCACGGCGAUCUGAAUCAGUACCUGCAGAGCCACGUGGCCGAAACUACCACCCUGCAGACGGCCAAAACUUUAAGCUUCGGCACUCUAAUAUACAUGGCCACGCAAAUAGCCUCGGGCAUGAAGUACCUGGAGGAAAUGGACUUUGUGCAUCGGGAUCUGGCGACGAGGAACUGCUUGGUGAGUUCGGGAUAUCUCGUGAAGAUAUCGGACCUGGGCUCUGGACGAAGCGCCUACUCCGCCGACUACUUCAAGCUCGAGGAUGGGCCACCGCUGCCGAUCCGAUGGAUGGCCUGGGAAUCGAUGCUUCUGGGCAACUACACCUCCAAGAGCGAUGUGUGGGCUUUCGCCGUGACGUUUUGGGAAAUUUUGACGUUCGCGCGGGAGCAGCCGUUCGAGGAGCUGCCCGACCAUCGGAUCGUCGAGAACGCCACGUACUUCUAUCAGGAGGACGAGAAGAGAUUCAUUCUGCCGCUACCGAAGAACUGCCCCAAGGAGAUGUACGACCUGAUGCGCGAGUGCUGGAAACGCAACGAGUCGGCGCGCCCGAACUUCCGCGAGAUUCAUCUGUUCCUUCAGCGCAAGAAUCUCGGCUAUCAACCCGUUAAACAUCAGCAGCAGCAACAAUUGCAGCAGAAGCGCAACAGCGGCAGCGACACUUGAUACAAAGAACUCGAGGGCUGGGACCUCAUCCGGCUUUCCAUGAUGGGCGAGCUCAAUGGCAAUUGGUGGACGUCGCCCGACGCCACCGCCGCACCGGAUGAAUAAGACGCAAAAAAAAGUGAGGGCAAUGAGAAAAUGCAGAGGCUAUGUAUUUGAUCGCCGUUGACGCGGUGAUGGCAGGUUUGUUUCCGCGGGCUACGACGCAUACACGAUCGUAGCUAAUAAUUAUAUGUACAUGAUGACGCGCGGGUAACAUUUAAUUAUAAACGACUAUACGACACAUAUAUUGGAAAGUUAAAUAAUAAGGAGGUGUGUGUACAUUGAGAAAGACGAAUAUAUAGAAGCUAUGAUGAACGUACUGAAUAUAAACGUGCGAUUUUCUCUCGAGACUAUAUCACACAAUCGUCAUGAGACUGAGCAAAGUAAAAAAAGAAAAAAAAAGGUCACGAAAAAUGUCGAAACUCGGGGGGUAGAGCUCAAAAGCUGAAAAUGACUCUUCGGUUUAUAUCGAGAGCAUUCAUUUCGAUAAUUAAUUCGCCGCGGCGGCAGUACAAAAGCCCGCAACGCACGACUGUGCUAUACUAUUCCCAAGUCGCUCGAUCGAGUGCGUGCGCGCAAUUUAUCGCGCUAAAUAGUCGGCGCGAAAUAUAAACACAAACAAACGCACACGCAGUACACGAGACUGUGUGUAUAUCAAACGAGAGUACGAGUGCGCGAGUUUAAAAUCGUUUCGCAGAUAAAAAAUGUAUACGCGUUCGCGCGCGCGGGGGCGAAAUAACGCACAAAUCGUCGAUGGCACACGGAACAGCAGCAGCAGGCACGUUGUAAAUCCCACGCGCAGUAGGCGUACUUAUAGCCAACGCACAGACACAAACACAAACGAGUAUACGUAUAUACAUUCGUUUCUUUUUUUUUUUUUCGUGCGUUUGCUCUCGCCUCAUAUACAUACUUCGUAAAUCCAUGGAAACAAUGGCAAUUCAUUAGUCGGGCGAGAAAGAGAGCAAAAACAGAGAGAGAGAGAGAGCAAGUUUGCACGCGAUUGAUUUGGGAAUAGCGUAUGUGCACGGGGGAAGAGGGUAGUGCGUUGUGAGAAACGCACCUAUCACGCGCGCUGCGUAGUAGGAAAAGGGAUUACAACGAGUAUUGCUCUCGCUCGAUUUUUCUCUCUCUCUCUCUGUUUCUCUUUUUUGCCGUCAUACGUGUGUGCUUUUGUUUCAUUGAUGCUGCGUUGCAACGGGAAAAGUUGACGGUGUACAUGCAAGGCUAACAACGAUAACAAAAACAACAUUA